CUGGCCGUGUAGCAAACUGGAGUGGGGAAGGGGUUCAUAUGUAGGGUGACAGAGAGAUCCCUGGGCCAGGGCAGCCUUCUAAGAGGAAUCAGGCCUGGAAAACCCAUCUCAGGUGGGAGGUCCUGUCCACUUUCCUGCCACCCCCCAACCACACUAACAAUCCAUUUCACCUCCAAGUGGAACCAACCUGCAGUGGGGUCUUCCCUGGCCAGGCCCAUGGCUGCAGGAACCAGACAAGGCUUGCCAGCAGGCUGCAAAGGGCUCUGUCUUAUUGACACUAGUGUCCCCUGUAGGGGAGAAUGCAGUCCUAAGGACACAUCUGGCUCUGCAAGAGACUUGGCUGUGGGUAGAAUCCCCCUUUCAGGACCUGUGGGCAACUAUGCUGUUGCCAGGCCUGAGACAGCAGGCCUAGGCUGGCUCAGCCAAAGGGAUUUCACAGCCUCCUGGGCCUGCCCCCAGGAUGGGAGUGCUCUGACUGCAGCCCCUGGGGAGGAGCCUGUCACCCUUGAGCACCCAGUGAUGGGGGGCUCCAUCACUCACUUUAAAGACAGGGCCCUGAGGCUCUGCACAGUGGUUCUAGCAGCAGGAGCUCACUCCUCGUUUCUCCUGGGGGAGCCUCAGGUUUAACUCAGGAGGUCACUUAUCCUCAUGCCAGCCCUAGGAAGCUGCUGCAGGGUGGAGGGGAGAGGUGAGAGCCUGGCCAGCCAGAGCACUGCACACCAGCAGGAAGGGCACCUAGGAUGGUGGUGGUGUCUGGGUGCCAGGAAGCCCUGUGCUCUGGGCCAUACACAUCCCACACGCAUGUGCCCAAGAAGCGUGUGAACACAUGCUAGCAGCUGUGUGCCCACUUUCCACACAGACAUAGGACACGGGACUGGGAAUAUGGGGGAGCUACCCCAGACAGUGGACUGUACUCAGUGCACAGCCUCUGACUCCACUGGAUCCCCAAUACCUACAAGCCCUACACAGCCAAGUGCUGGUCCCCACACUCCCUAUUGGGAGGAGUGGCUGUGCCUGGAGCCCCUCACAGCUGUAAUGAUUUGUGAACCUGAUUACUGUGCAACUCCCAGGUUAGCUGCUCAGGAAACACGUCUGGGGGAAAGCCAUGACUCAGCAGUCUUUGGAGUAAAUAAUUUAACUGCAUGAUCCCAAGACAUUCAGCACUGCCUACAGGUCAGUACCAGACUCACCACCCUUGCUCUCCCACCUGCUCACAGUAGCCAGGGGCUUCAGGGGACAGGCCACCCUCAGCAUCCCACAGCCUUCUGAGCCUGUGAGGGGCUUCUCAGGUAAGAGCCAAAUCUGGGCCCCGGAUGACUUGACCGCAGAGGCAGCUCACUGGGCAGAAGCAGAAGCCAAGGACAACUGGUCAGGACCCCUAGACCCUAUGGCUUCCUAAGGGACCCUCAGGCUUAAGGCAGCUCACAGGUAGUCUUUCUGCUGCACAACUGGACCCUAGGGACCCUAUGUGGUGGUGGCUUUGGAAGAAAACAGAGCUCUCAUCAUGUUCCCUAUGGGGCAGCACCAUUCCCACUACCCAGGGAGUCCCCAGGCCCCAUGUCCUGGGCUCUAAGGGAGAAAGAGCACUGACUAAACCCUGCUGUGCAGGGAGUGCUCUGGAGGCUGUGAACAGGGCAGAGUGGACCUGAGCCAUGAUCAGCCUGGCCUCUAAGCACCACCUCCCUGGCCCACUAGUGCAAAGGAAAUGUAAGGAUGGCCCUUCCAGCUCUGCUGGCCUGGGGUGGCUGUUUGCAGAGGGCUAGACUCCCUCUGGGAGGUUGGCCUGGGAACAGUGCUGUACAGACUGGUCAAGGUCUUGGGCAAGCACCUAAGGGAGGACCCUACAUACUUUUUGGGCAAGGGACACACCCCUAUCACUCCACCUCCCUCCCAGCUGGCUCUGGGGUCACUCCCCAGGCAGACUUGGAGUCCCAGCAUCCAAAGGCUUGGCGGGCACACGAGACCCCCUUCCAUAUAGCCAGUAUGUGGCCCACGGUGCAGAGGUGAUGAAGGGGCCAGCUGAGGUGUCAAGAGGGGAGGGGCUCUAGAGUGGGCACGAGGGGACAAGUGAAGCCCUUCACCAGGCCAAGGAGGCAGACAGGGAGCAGCAAGGGCUCAUGCCUGGGUCUCUGACAGCCUGUCCUGCGGCACACAUGUGAACCGCUGGGCAGGCUCCUUCCUCCAGGGGGUGAGUGGCAGGAGCUCUGCUGGGCCACCCCUAGCACCACUGGCCUCAGCAGCCCCUGCAUGUAGCCCAUCAUGGCAAUCACUUCUUACCCCACAGCUGAACCCUGGAGUAAGCUGGACCUGACGUCCCACACGCAGGGCCAGGGUCUGGGCUCACACUGCUGGGAGGGGCACAGCACCCAGCCCCUGAGAGCAGGCAACCCAGGACCCUACACGCUCCCCUGCUACAGAAUGGAUGUGAUCCCUGAGCCUCUGCAGCACAGCAGGGGGUUGGUGCUGGUUCGAAGGCAGCCGCCAGUGCCCCAGGGUCUGCGCAGGACGCUGAAGGCCAGGCUGCUACAGAGGUGCACAUGUAGCCUGCCCCGAGCCCAGGCACUGCUGCAGGACCUGAUCCCUGCCACGCGCUGGCUGCGCCAGUACCGCCCACGGGAGUAUCUGGCAGGUGAUGUCAUGUCAGGGCUGGUCAUUGGCAUCAUCCUGGUGCCACAGGCCAUUGCCUACUCCCUGCUGGCUGGGCUGCAGCCCAUCUAUAGCCUCUACACGUCCUUCUUCGCCAACAUCAUCUACUUUCUCAUGGGCACUUCACACCAUGUCUCUGUCGGCAUCUUCAGUCUGCUCUGCCUAAUGGUGGGGCAGGUGGUUGACCGAGAACUCCAACUGGCUGGCUUCGACCCCUCCCAGGACAGCCUGGGGCCUAGAGCCAACGGCAGUAUCCUCAAUGACUCAGCUACCACCCUAGUCCUCCGGCCACCUGACUGUGGGCGGGACUGCUACGCCAUCCGCAUCGCCACCGCCCUCACACUGGUGGCUGGGGUUUACCAGGUCUUCAUGGGCAUCCUCCAGUUGGGCUUCGUGUCCACCUACCUCUCACAGCCCCUGCUUGACGGCUUUGCCAUGGGGGCCUCAGUGACCAUCCUGACCUCGCAGCUCAGGCACCUCCUGGGUGUGAGGAUGCCUCGGCACCAGGGGCCAGGCAUGGUGGUCAGCACAUGGCUAAGCCUGCUGCACAACGCCAGCCAAGCCAACUUGUGUGAUGUGGUCACCAGCACCGUGUGUCUGGCAGUGCUGCUGGCUGCUAAGGAGCUCUCAGACCGCUGCCGGCACCGCUUGAGGGUGCCACUGCCUACAGAGCUCCUGGUCAUUGUGGUGGCCACUACUGUGUCCCACUUUGGGCAGCUCCAUGAGCGCUUUGGCUCAAGUGUGGCUGGUGAUAUCCCCACUGGCUUUGUGGCCCCGCGGGUGCCAGACCCCCAGCUUAUGCAGCGUGUGGCCUUGGACGCUGUGGCCCUGGCCCUUGUGGGCUCAGCCUUUUCAAUCUCACUGGCAGAGAUGUUCGCCCAUAGCCAUGGCUACUCUGUCCGUGCCAACCAGGAGCUGCUGGCCGUGGGCUGCUGCAACGUACUGCCUGCAUUCUUCCACUGCUUUGCCACCAGUGCUGCCCUUGCGAAGAGCCUAGUAAAGACCUCCACUGGCUGCCGUACGCAGCUGUCCAGCGUGGUCAGUGCUGCUGUGGUCCUACUAGUGCUGCUGGCGCUGGCCCCACUGUUCCGGGACCUGCAACGCAGCGUGCUAGCCUGUGUGAUCGUUGUCAGCCUGCGUGGGGCCCUAAGAAAGGUGAGGGAGCUCCCUCAGCUAUGGCGGCUAAGCCCACCUGAUGCAGUGGUCUGGGUAGGCACUGCAGCCACUUCUGUACUAGUCAGCACUGAGGCUGGGCUACUGGCUGGUGUGAUCCUUUCACUGCUCAGCCUGGCAGGCCGGACGCAGCGCCCACACACAGCUUUACUUGCCCGCAUCGGGGACUCGGACUUCUAUGAGGACACCACAGAAUUUGAGGGCCUCAUCCCUGAACCUGGGGUCCAGGUGUUCCGCUUUGCAGGGCCACUCCACUAUGCCAACAAGGACUUCUUCCUACAGUCCCUCUACAGCCUGACGGGGCUGGAUGCAGGGCGCUUGGCAGCCAGAGGGAAGGAACCGGGCUCAGAGGCGGAAGCCAGUGAGAGAGAUCCUGUCGACAGCAAAGACCCAGGCUCCGUGAGUACCAGGGCUGCACUGGUGUCCACAGCAGCCAGCUUCCACACGGUGGUCAUUGACUGUGCCCCACUGCUGUUUCUGGACGUGACUGGCAUGGCCACACUACAGGGUCUGCGCCAGGAUUACAUGGCCCUGGGCAUUAGCCUACUCCUGGCCUGCUGCAGCCCUCCAGUGAGGGAUGCUCUAAGGAGAAGUGGCUUCCUCACAGAGGAUGAGGGGAGCGUGGCUGAGAAGCAGCUGUUCCACACUGUACACAGCGCCGUGCUGGCUGCUCGUGCCCGCCAUGGGGAGCUGGCAGCUGCGGACUCUACCCUCUAACAGGCAGGGCCUGCUCACAACUCUCCUGAGCUUGUGGCACAGGUCUGCAGCCGGCACUGAGAUCCUUUGAGGGAGCAAUGCCCAGCUGCAGUUGUCACUACCUCCAUCCUGGGGCCCCAGAGCAUUAGUUGGGGACAGGGAAGGGACACUCUGACCAAACACGAGGACCUCAGACACUCAGUAAUCAAGAGCCUUCACCUUCAAGGCAAGUGCUGCCCCCCAAUGUGGGCCCAGCCCUGAUGCCAGGCACCCACAUGAUCCCUCGGCCUGAGUGCAGAAGUGCCGCACCCAACCCGACACUCUGCACCCCACCUGAUACUCUGCGUGCGUCACUGUCUUGUUUAAAUGAGGGUCCCUGCAAAUCAUGAAGCCAGAAGAACACACUAUCCCAGGGCCUGUCCAGCCUCUGCCCUGCAGCAUAGGCACAGGAAGAGUUCUCUUUCUCUAAGCCCUCCACACCCAAGUGCCCCCAGGCCUCACCCUCAGAGUGACAGCCUGCCUUAGGGGCCAAAGGUGGUGUGACCAAUAGAACCUCAACCCAGCACUGGGGCCUGGCCUGCAAAGCCAUGUGCCACAGGUCAAGCAAAUGUGACCACACUUCCCGUGGGUCCCUGGAGUAUAACCAGUAGGGACAUCCUCCCUCACCCACUCCCCAAAAGGAUGCCGUGAUAGGAAGUGAAGGAGCCCCGGGUCCUCUGAGCACCAGCCCAGCCCUGCCCCAUCUGACACAGCACAGGCCAGUCGGGCUUCCUUACUUGGCCUGGUCAUCUCUGCAAGGAAGGCUCUGGCCAGCUGCCCCCAGGAGUCCCAGCCUCCACAGCACCCACCUGGCUGUGACGAGGUCCAGCAGCCAGUGGGUCCGGACCUGCUCAAUGCCAUGGUGAGGGACAGCACCUACAUAUGCGAAGUUGAGCUGCUGGUCCCAGCUGAAGAAAUGGUCGGCCUGGUCAUGUGGCAGUGGAGGGCUGGGAAUGGAAGAGGUGGCUGUAAGUCCUGAGCCUUGGGCCCUGGUCAGUUGUGCAGCCUUCCUGCAUGUCUGGCCCCUAUAAUCCAGGACUCAGGGCUACUGGGGAACCCCAGAUAACAGGCUGGUGCCUGCCCACUCAGUAAAUAAUAAAAUUACAGUAAUCAGGGACAA